UAUACCGAAGUCAACACUGUCAACAUGUCAUACGGGUCGGGAGUUUAGUAUUUUGGGUGUUUCGAAUGUUUUGGUAAAUUCACUAUGAGAAUUCCAUCGACUAGAACAUUGGUACAAGCAUGUCUUUAUACAACCUUCGCAGGCGUAAGCGCGUUAAUGUUUUUGAGGUACAAAAUACAGCAAGACAUCAGAAACGCUGAGUAUUUCCGCAGUGCAAUGAAGCUGUUAAGAGCACAUCCCGGUUCUGUACAUUACUUGGGUCAGCCGAUCAAAGAAACUGGAUUCGAUUUAGGUGAUAAUGAGCACAAUUACUGUGAUGGAAAGAACGCACAGUUUGAAGUUUCGAUAAAGGGUCCCAAGGAUAAAGGCAAAAUGUUUUUCUGGGCAGAACGUGCAGAGAGUAAAGAUUGGAUUGUAAAUCGAUUAGAAGUAGAAUUGAAUAGUGUUCCCGAUAAGCGAUUAAUUGUUCAGACGUCAAGCUAAGAAAGUCCCCCCCAAGAUAAACUUAGAGAAAUUAUAGGAUUUUUGAAAUGAAAA